AUGACAUCGGUAAACAAAGGAAAUGGGGGUGAGAGGCUUAUAGAAGAUGUAUGGGGUAAGGGUCUCUACGAAGCCGAAGAGAAGAAGGUUUUACAUAAGGAUGAUAUGAAUAUAGAAAUGGAGGAUAUAAAAGGAUGUGAGAAAAAGAGUUUUGAUGGAAAGGAGAUAGAAUGUGGUAAUAAAAGAUGCCAUCCGAAAUCUUUUCUACAGAGUGAGGGCGAAGCAAACAACUAUAGAAGGACUUUAAAGGUAUAUCCGGGUCAGGAUAAAUUCAGCGAUAGAAAAGACGAUGAAGACCAGGGAUUGAUCUCAGGAUACAAUGUUGUCGAGAUGCCAAAGAUCGCAAGAGAACUCAAAAGAAAAGCAAAGCAAAGGAUAUGCUCCAAUUGUUCCACUACAAGUACGCCAUCAUGGAGGAGGGGAGAUCAGGGAAAGACGCUCUUAUGUAAUGCCUGUGGGCUCUACCAGAAACUCCACGGUAGGACAAGGCCCUAUAUGAUCACGCCUGGGGGUAGGACGAAAGCGCUGAAGGGAAGCCACGAGAGAAUUAUCUGUGUAUCAUGUAAUGUCUCUUUUUUUACCUCAGAUUCCAAAAAUGCCUCCAGCCAUCUUUGUGAAAGCUGCUUAGCCUAUACAAGAAGUAGAAGAAGACAGGAUAAUGGCGAAAGGGAGGACGGCCGAAAUAGAUUUAAUAGCAAAAUUCUUGAUAGCAGAUAUAGUGGAAUUUAUGAUAUAGAGGCUCCAGAGAAAUAUGGCCCCUCAUAUAACUACAUACACGAGGAUGUCAUUAUCAAUGGAUUCAGGAGCUAUCCCUCAUCAUCUAUGCUUUAUUCCCAGUCCUAUGGAUAUUAUUACUUGAAUGAUAAGUAUCACGAUGUACCUGGGUUUGGAGAAUACAGGCCUCCUUUUCCCGGUAGAGAUUUAGACCCACAAUUCAAAGGUAUUUACCCCGGAGAAAUGGUCAGCGAAGGAGAUAGCGGUGUAGAUUCCUGUGAUGCCAAUGUAAAUGCCCCAACUAGCAUAUGA